UGGCAAUCUCUGCCCCAAAGCUCUGCCCUGGCACCCACCAUGGCUCGGCUCUCCCCUGGUCUCCAGGGGCUCCGAGCAGCCUUUUUACUCCUGUCACCACACGUAGCAGCAAAGUCUGUGGUGCUCAAGGCAGCUGCUGCUCUGUGAACUGUCCAGCCAUCCUGACAGCCUUCCCCCUGUGUGGGUGUAGGGUCUGGAGCCUCUCCAGGGCUUGGGGGGCGUGUGUCCCUGGGCACCACAUGCUGCUGUCGAGGAUCUGGCUCCCUGAGAGGGAGGUGCAGCCGCCCCCAUGGGGCUGAAGCUGCCCUGGCUGCUGGGGGAGGCGAAGCCCAAAUGUGCUGAAGCCUCACCAUGUGAGUGGUGUAGCCGUGGCCAAGGAGGUGCCUUGGGGAGCAUGGAGCUGCUCCUGUGUGGUUUGCAGCGGUGGAGCAGGCCUGGCUGGCUGUGCCUGGCACGGGAAAAGGCCCUGGCAGUCGGAUCUGCUUGUGUGGGCAGAGGCUGGACGUGGUCUGUGUCAGGUGAUGGUGGGAGGUAGGAUUUUCAACGGAGUGCUGGGGAAUGGCUCCUGGAGUCUCUUUUGAUGAGGAUGAGAGCUGCUUCAUUUUUGCUCUCCCCUUCCCCUGCUGUGCUUCAGCCAUGGCUUUUGUUCCAAGCUGCAACUUCUCUCCCUUUCAUUGCGGCUGCAAUCCCCAAGAAAACUUUUAAUCUGCAUUUUGUCACCUAACCCUGCCUAUCCUGGGAUCAAAGCUGGUGAUAAGAGCAUAGCCCUGUUGUUAUUGUGAGCUUAGCCUUACUAAAGGAAUAUGCACAGCCUACAGAGCUGAAAUGACUAACCUGAACCUCACAGCCCCAUCCUCCGUAUUUCCACAACCUCCUUUUCUCUCCACACCUGUUUACAUCCCUCUCAACUGCCAGUGCCCUUGCUUUGAAGGAUCACAGCAGCACCAGAUUCCUCCAUGGCUCUGACAGCCAGAGCAAGGGGCUGGGGCUGAGCCCAGGCAUCACUUUGGGAGCAAAGCCCCCUGUGGGGUUUCUUCAUGGAUGUUUUGUGGUCAGUGGUGCUUGGAUGCACGACCCUGAUGGGCACAGAUGUGCUGGCAGAAGCCUCUAAUAGAGAAGGGUUGUGGUGAAAGCAAUCCUAGGGAAGCAUGGAAUAGGCUACAGCUGUGACAAUGCAUUUGUUAGCUUAGCAAAGGCCCUGCCAGCAGGAUUUCACUGGAUUUGUGUUUUAGUCUCAGUAGAGCGUUUUGUGAGCUGCUUCCUCUGCUGGCAGCACAGGUGAGGAAAUGGUUUGAGAUCAUCCUCACCAUUCCUGCUGGCCGUGGGCUCUGCUGGUGUCUCUUGGCCACUUGCUGUGAGCCUGCUCUGCUGGCCUAGCCCUUGGCAGCCCAGAGGAAAAGGAGUCAGUCUCUGGACUGGUGAGACAUUGCUCUGUCUGACACAGCAUUAGCCAGGGCCAGCUCGUGCAGCUGCACGUGAGGUGGAGCCCUUUCCAGGGACUUGGUGGCAGGCACCUUGCAGAGGGAUCUGGGGCAGAGGACACCGCUCACAUUGUGUAUCCAGUAGCUGACUCUGCAGGGCCACUGAAGGAAAAAUAGAUGUCUUGCCCUCAAAGAUGCAUCCUCUUGGUGACUCUGCCCUUUUGUCUUCUCUCUCUUCCCUGUGCACUAAGGUUUACCCACAGAAAUAAGGGACUCUGGAAGCCUCAAGUCCAACUGACCUUCUGCUCGCAGCAGGACCAAGUUGUUCAGGGUUUUGUCCAGUCAAGUUUUGAGGACUUCCAAGGCCAGGGAGUCCGUGGCCUGUUCCCAGGCUGUGGCAUUCUCCUCUGGAGAGCCACCUGCUGUGCCUGCAGCUUCUCUCUCCAGCUGUCUGUAGCUGCUUGUGUGAUGUGCCAGGACUCGGCGUCAGGUCAUCGAUGUCCUGCAGCACUUGGGCAACAGGUAGAGGGAUCUGGAGGCCAUCUGUUUUUUACCACUUCCAGGUCUUUUAUUUCUUUUAAUCAGCAUCUCAAUAUCCCUAAGGCAGUUUCAACAUACACUGCUGUACACCUCCAAGCCCUUUUUGUUGUGCUUGAGAUAGUAUUGCCAAAGCUUUUUUAUGCUCUCACCCCCUUCUCCUGCAUUUAACACUCUUUGGGCAGAUGUUGUCAUGUGGUGAGGGGUGAGCCUUGAAAGAAACAUUGCUUAUUCAUGCUACAGACACAAAGCUGGUCCUUGAAGCUGAAUUGCUCUGCAGAUACCAGGCCUUGCUGCUGUGCCUGUACCUGGGCUUGUUACUCCUUUCUCUGUUGCAAAGCCUUGACACUCUGUGCUUGGGGGAAUUCUGCUCUUACAAGAGGAUGUGAGAGGAUCCAAGCAGCUUCAAACUGCUGCCAGGAUGGCAUUCUGGAUGGAUGAGCACGCUCCUGGUGGUUGUCUUAGAGUUUGCUGCUCACACAGAGGUCUUGGGGUAGCAGCAAGUACUGCUGAGAUUGAGGAAUGUUGUCAGGUACAUUUGAAGCGUGGCAGGGACUCUCCUGGUAAACCUAAUUCCAGUCAGUUCUGCCAGAUUUCUGAACUUUGCACUUUCUUGAAGCUGAGCUGAAGUUUCUGGCAUGCAAGCUCAAAAUCUAGUUUGAUCAUUCCUGCCUCUGAGGAAUUAACAGGACACUUGUGGUUGCUGUUCUGCAGCACCAUCUGCCCCGUGCUGGAGGAUUUGGGCUUUCUGGAUUCUGGGUGACUGCUGUACUGUGUUUGAGGCUUGCAAUGUGAGCUGAUACUCCUGCUGUGGCAAAUGUAAUGGUGGUCUUGGUCCCUUCUGGCUUUGUGGGACUGUUAGAAAACAAUUGCUGGAUUCUUGAGCUGCUGGUGGUAUUCUGGGAAGGCCCUUAUUUUCCCCAUGUGCCAGUUCCUGUUGUGUAGACAGUACCAGGCACAGGUGAAGGCUGGCCUGGAGGGGACAUGGUGAGAGCAGUCUAAUUAGGAACCAAAAGUGCAUUUGGAGAUGAGACAACUGUUCUGUGAGCCCUGCCUGCAGAGCACAAGCUGAAGGGCUUGCCCAGUGACAUCCUGCAGUAGCUAAAGCUGGCUCGGAGAGAGUCACUGAAUGCUGUUGUAAAAGCCCUCCAAGUCACGAGGUCAGUUGUUUAACCAUCUGAGUUUGUCCAGCUUUGAUUUCCAGCUUUUUGAGUCCUUGUACAUUUGUGUAUUUGUCAUCUCUAAAGACUCCUCCGCUGUAGAUCUUCUUACCUUGUGAUUUUUUUGAGAUGGGUCACGUCUCCCCAUUUUUUUUCAGUGAACAGGAUAGGUUUAUCACUGGAAAAACCUGAGCCAUGGUUGAUUGAUAAAGCACUGGGAUUCUUGCAUUACUGUGUCAGAUUGUUUUAAAAAGAAAUUAUUUUAAACAUCUCAGCUCUUCCAAUAACUGUCAUCAAGUGUAGACAGUAGCCAAGAACGAGACAGGAAUGGUCUAACAUGGCAGUGUGUGCAAGUAGCACUGUACUGAAUAUCAGCAGUGGGCUUUGUGCUCUUUGAAGGCUGAAUUUGGGCUGGAGGGUGGGAGCUCAGAGCUGCCUCUCCAAAACCAAAAUCCUUCCUUCUCCUUUCUGGAGAACCUGGACUGGACUGAAACCUUGUCCUCAGCAGUGUCCUUGGUUUAAUGGCGAUUCUUCAUAAAUCCAUUUGCUUUAAGAGGAGUUCAACAAUCUGUGAUAAAGAUUUGCAUUUGCAGUGCUUGAAUUUAGAAAGCUGUCAGCUGUCCACAUAAGCUCAGCUAAGUCACAGCAGAGAAGUUGGCUUUGGCCAUGUUUGUCACUCAAGGUACAAUACUGUUAAUGAAGAUAUGUUGACUGAAACCAUGAUGGUAGGACAUGAUAUCAUUUUCUUAAUGUUUUAUUGCUAGAACUGUGUAUUGACACUGUUGGAGUUUUUUUUGAGAAAUACUAGGUUGGGUAUUACUGUUUUUCAAAAAUUUGGCACAAAUCAUAGGGGCUUCCUCAAGAGCUCUGCUGAGGUCUUGCAGAGCUCUUAGGUAGGAAGUGACUGAAAUGUUAAUGUAAGUGUCUUAAUUUUUGUAAUUAUUAGUUAAUUCUUUUUGUAUUCCAAAUGAUGUCUAAUAGCGAAAAAGAUAAAUCUUUCAGCCUUCAAAAGUAUUGAAAAUCUGAAUCCAUAUCCAUGAACAGAAGUCCAGGACAGGGCCCCAAGCAGUUGCUGUUCCUUUGCUAAAGGAAAGCAGUAACUGCAUGGCUGUGUUUUCUUUGGGGGCAGUAAAGACUUCUCAGAUAUUCACUUCGUUGUGAGGGAGUGGCAACAGUAUUUUUUCUUACAGUCUGGUCUUAAUUCAAUGUUUACUGGUAGAUGCACAUUUCUGUAGGUAGGCCACGUGAUCCCUUGCUAACCUGAGGACACUGAGAUGUGGAAGAUCUGUGCAGUUCCACCUCCACUGAGGUCUUUAAUGAGCUGGAUAAAGUCCCAGGUAGUCACUAGGUGUGCUUGGGUGUCUUUGGAAGCUCCUGCAGCUCCUUGGGAAGCGCUGUGCUGCAGGCUGGUGUGCAAGGGGCUUUGCUCCUUCAACUUGUUCUCUUCCCAGGGAUAUAUCUGUUACUGAAUACUCCAGAGAGGUGCUGAGUGUAAGGAGUUUCCAAAUGGCCAGUGGAGCAGUUGGAUCUGCUGCAAUGUGCAGGGUUUCAGCAGGCUGCUCCCUCUUUGCUUGGCCAGGUCGUGCUCCACUGUACUCUCCUCACUGCCAGGUAUGAGGCUGGAAAAGAGGAAGAUUUCAAGCAGACCAAUGAGCAAACCCCAGUGACUGAGCUGGUCCUGGAAGAAAAAAGGUGAUGACUUGUGGUGGAUCAUUUCAGCAUCUGCCAAAAACAAUAAGCUGUUCUGCUUCUGUUGUAGAAAGUGAGAAAAGACUUCAGCAGAAGAGAGGUGCACGCUCCGUUUGCAGCUCAACUCGCUGUGAAGCUCAGCAGAAAGCCCAGAUGAAUCUCAGUGCCUGGGGCAGGCAGAAGCAGAGCUGCUUACCUUGCUGCAGCUGAGCAGCUCUAAUUUCUUUAGGUUGAGUUUGACUUUGGAGCAACUCACAGAACUGGAAAGCAUCGUUUUCUCCUGUUCUGAGGGUCACCCUCUUCAUCCUCAUCAGCUGAUAGUUGAAAGAAUUCAUUGUCAGGAACAUUCCUCGCUUUCCCACUCAGACUGUUUGUCAGCAUCACAUUGGGUCCAGCCUCAACUCUUUAACUCCAUCAGUUCUGCAGGUUCUCAUAAAUACACCAAGAGUUAGCAUUCAUCUGCCCUGGCUGGCCUUGGAGCUCUGCUGCAGCAGGCUGAAAACAAACAAAAGGAGAAUACUUUUAAAAACUAAAUGUUCAGAUGCAGAAAAUAGAGCAAGAGAGUGGUCUUAGAGCAGAGCCUGGGGUCUGCAGAAAGGUCUGCCUGUCCCAGCCACAUUCCAAUAGUUUGGAGGUGCUUUAGUCUGCAGAAUACUUGUUCUCUUUAAAAUUUCUGUUGGUCAGUGAUGUCACCAUUAAUGUCAGAGUUUUGUCUUUGUAUUGUAAUGCCUAGAACUCAAAAGCAGUGUUAAGGAGUGCACUGCUGAAAGCAGAUACCUUUAUUCUACUUGUAGAGCUCGUGAGUUGCAUGGCAGUUCACAGAUUAAUUGUUGCUUCCAUUAUCCCCUGGGAGGGAAUGCCCAAAUGGAUUUCUUGUGCUCCAUAUGCUUUUCCAGGAUCUGUUUCUACCAAGCAAAGACCAGGCCAGCUGAAAGUGGCAAAUCCUGCAGGAGAGUCAGCUUAGUGGUUCUUUGCAGACUCGUGCAUAGUGUCUGAGGUGAUUUUGAGGAGUAUGUUAGCCCUGGUAGGUACACCUAUAAAUAAACUUUCCUUAAUCAUCUGGAUGGCUUGUCAUGUUUUUGCUUAUUGUUGUAGGGUCUGCUGUCUGUCUGGGGGACAUCUUUGAGCAGGAGGCACUGUUUGUAUUCUGAGCAUUAGAAAAAAAAAUGUGUUUAUCAUCUUGGGAGGGUUCUCAUUUGCUUCGAAUCCUUAGGACCUUUCUUUCAGAUGUCUUUGUUUCUAUUUCACUUUGUUCUUCUUUCUGUCAGCCACCCUAAAACUCGUAUUAGGUCUUGUAAUGCUCUGGAAUUGCCUUGUUCUAGCAGCUUUGUCUCCUCUUGUAACUAAAAGUAAACAAAAUCACCAAAGUCUUUAGUGAUGAAACUUGCUGAGCAUCUCUGAGAUUACAUUUGCUGUAGUUUCUGUUUGUGACUGUGGGAACAGUGCUUAUCUGCCCCCGGGAGACACAAAACUUCACUGUGUUUGCAGAUAAAAUAAGGAAGCGGUGGCUUUGAAAUCCAGAUGUUGGGUAUGAUUUCGCUGAACUGCUGCUUGAGUGAGGCUCAGAAGUUGGGUGCAUUCUUUGUCUGAAUAUGUCCUGUUUAGUUCUGAGCAAACCAUUUGUGAGUGAGACUUGGUUGUCAUUUCAGAGCAAAGGAUAUGAAGAAAGAAUUAAACAGUGUCACCGGUGAAAUUAUUUCAGGCUUCAUCCUUCAUAGAUAUAGAAGAGUUAUGCCCAUAGUAAGCCCCAGUUGACAGGAAUACUGGAUUUCUGGUUCAGGGCUUAAAACAGUGCCAAAUUUUGAAUUAGAAUUGCUCUGACAGGGAGGGGUAGGUUGAUGCCACAUCUUUUGAUUCCAGUGCCUUUCUUGUAGUGUCUACCUACAGCCUGUUUUGGGGACGUGAUGCUACUUGAAGUCUUAUCUGCCUUACCACUUGCAGACUGCAGCUCCUACUCCCUUUCCCUCUUCAGUUGCCAUCUUCUAAAUGGAUUCCAGUGAAUUUUCAGGAUCUCUGGACCCCCUGUCCUUGCCUGACAAACCGCUUAUUGGAGAUCUCCCUGCUGACAUGGAGUUUGGUGAAGAUCUCCUGGGCUCCCAAACAGCUUCCACCCAGGAAGCUUCAGUUCUUCAGCCCCCUGGCUGGGAUCAAUCCAAGCAGAUGGCUGCAGGUGGGGACUUGGACCUUCUAGUGAAAGCAGACAGCCUGUCUGAACUAAGUAAAUCAAAUGACCACGUUCUAGAUAAACCUAAUGUCUUGGAUAUGCUGGAGAAACCUGAUGUCUUAGAUGACUUGGAUAAAACUGCUGACUUGAUGGAACAGGAUAAACCUGAGGGUCUGGAUGGGCUAUGUAAGGCACAACCUUCCCAGAACGUGGAGGAUGGACCUUCAGACUCCUCUGCCCUCUCUAGAGAAGCCCUUGUUCCAGAAGCGUGGAAAGAAAGGGAGGAUGCACCAAAAAAUUGUUCUGGGGACCUAAAGGAAGGCGGUGCUGCUGCUAUUCCUGUGCUGCCUGGUGACAAGGCCCCUGAAUCACCUCGAAAACCCAUUCCUGACUCUGGGAACCUCAGCAGUGCCCCAACCACGGAAGAAACCACAGCACAGUCCUCGAGUCCAGCAAUGCCCCCACCCCAACUCAGUCUUAAACAGACAAAGAAGAUGAAGUUGAAAGCACCAAGGAAAAGCUCACCCCUGCAGAGGGAAGGGCUGGCAGGGGAAGCAGAGGUGGAACCCAGCCCAGACAGCAGAACUGCAGCUUUGCCCCCUGAGCCUAAGGAGGAAAACCAGGCAGAGGGAGGGACUGAUAAUUGGAAAAACUCGCUCAAAGAAAAUAGUGUACUCAAAGCACAGGAAGCCUCAGCACCAGCAGGAGAAAGCCUAUCUGGGAAGGGGAGCGAGCUGCCAGCUGAGAAGGAGCAGAAAAGAAGCGAACGACCCAGAAGAUCAGAAACUGCCAGGCCUGAAACUGUGAACUCCUCAGAGAGCAUUCCGGUGUCUGACGAGGACUCUGAUGCAAUGGUGGAUGAUCCCAACGACGAGGAUUUCGUUCCUUUCCGCACGCGGCGCUCGACCCGCAUGUCCCUGCGCACCCAGAUGGCCCAGCGAGCCGCCCGCUCCACCUUCACCAAGAUGACCUGUGCCAACUGCAGGACCCCCCUGCAGAAGGGCCAAACCGCCUACCAGCGCAAAGGGCUUCCUCAGCUCUUCUGCUCCAGCUCCUGCCUCACCACCUUCUCAAAAAAACCACCUGGCAAGAAGAUAUGCACCUUCUGCAAAAAGGAGAUCUGGAACACCAAGGACUCUGUGGUUGCCCAGAUUGGUUCAGGUGGCUCUUUCCACGAGUUCUGCACCUCUGUCUGCCUUUCCCUCUACGAGGCCCAGCAGCACAGACCAGCACCUCAGUCUGCAGAUGCCUCGGACACCAGUCGCUGCAGUGUUUGCCACAAACCUGGAGAGAUCCAGCACGAGGUCAGCAAUGGGAGCGUGGUUCACCGCAUCUGCAGUGACGCCUGCUUCACCAAGUUCCGGGCCACCAAGGGGCUGAAGACAAACUGCUGUGACAACUGUGGACUUUAUAUCUACAACAAGGGCUUGCCCCUGGAAUACCUCUUCCAUGAAGGCCAGCAGAAACGCUUUUGCAACUCCACGUGUCUCAACAGUUACAAGAAGAAGAACACUCGGGUCUACCCCUGCAUGUGGUGCAAGACGCUGUGCAAGAACUUUGACAUGCUGCCCAACGUGGAUCGCAGUGGCAAGAUGGGCCUGUUCUGCUCCAUUUGCUGCACUACCUCCCACAAAGUGAAGCAGUCAGGCUUAGUCGGUCCCCCUAGACCCUGCAGCUUCUGCAGAAAGAGUUUAUCUGAACCCUGCUAUUACAACAAGACAGACCGGGUUGUCUAUCAGUUCUGCAGUCCCAGCUGCUGGACCAAAUUCCAGCGCACCAGUCCAGAAGGUGGGAUCCACCUCAACUGCCACUACUGCCACAAUCUUUUCAGCGGGAAGCCAGAGAUCCUAGACUGGCAGGACAAGGUGUAUCAGUUCUGCUGCAAGGACUGCUGCGAGGACUUCAAGCGGCUGCGUGGGGUGGUGUCCCAGUGUGAGCACUGCAAGCAGGAGAAGCUGCUGCACGAGAAGAUCCGUUUCUCUGGAGUGGAGAAGAACUUCUGCAGCGAAGGGUGUGUGCUUCUUUACAAACAGGAUUUCACCAAGAACCUGGGCCUGUGCUGCAUCACCUGCACCUACUGUUCUCAGACCUGCCAGCGGGCGGUCACCGAGCAGCUGGAGGGCAGCACCUGGGACUUCUGUAGUGAAGACUGCAAAAGCAAAUACUUGCUCUGGUACUUCAAGGCAGCUCGGUGCCAUGCCUGCAAGCGUCAGGGGAAGCUGCUGGAAACCAUCCACUGGCGGGGGCAAAUCAAACACUUCUGCAACCAGCAGUGUCUGCUGCGAUUUUACAACCAACAGAACCAGCCCAACCUGGACACGCAGAAGGGGCCCGAGAGCCUGCUGAACAGUCAGACUUCAGAUCCAAAACCAGCUGUCCCUUCCCCACAGAAGACAGAGACUAACAUGCUGUCAGCAAAGGCCUCCUCAGCCCAAACGUCUUCAGCUGCGCCGCCUCCUGCCCCACCCGUGGUUCCAGCCACCCCUCGGAAAAACAAAGCUGCCAUGUGUAAACCACUGAUGCAAAACAGGGGCAUUUCCUGCAAGUUAGAAAUGAAGUCCAAAGGAUGUCAGACAGAGGCUGACUGGAAGCCCCAGGUGGUUGUGUUGCCAAUCCCCGUCCCGAUCUUCGUGCCUGUGCCUAUGCAUAUGUACUGCCAGAAAGUACCUGUGCCUUUCUCCAUGCCUGUCCCGGUGCCUGUGCCAAUGUUCCUGCCCACCACCCUGGAGAGCACAGAGAAGAUUGUGGAGACCAUUGAGGAACUGAAGGUGAAGAUCCCCUCCAACCCCCUGGAAGCUGACAUCCUGGCCAUGGCUGAGAUGAUUGCAGAGGCUGAGGAACUAGACAAGGCCUCCUCGGACCUGUGUGACCUGGUGAGUAACCAGAGUGCAGAGGGUCUCCUGGAGGACUGUGACCUGUUCGGACCAGCACGGGACGAUGUGUUGGCUAUGGCUGUCAAGAUGGCAAAUGUCCUCGAUGAGCCGGGCCAGGACCUGGAGGCUGACUUCCCUAAGAACCCUCUAGACAUCAACCCCAGUGUGGACUUCCUCUUUGACUGUGGGCUGGUGGGACCAGAGGAAGUGUCCACAGAGCAAGAUCUGCCUCGAGCUGUCCGAAAGGGGCAGAAGCGCCUGGUGCUCUCUGAAAGCUGUUCCCGGGACUCAAUGAGCAGCCAGCCCAGCUGUACGGUCCUGAACUACUCAUAUGGUGUCAAUGCCUGGAAGUCCUGGGUGCAAGCCAAGUACGCAGGGGGAGAGAGCAGCAAGGGAGAGGAGCUGCGCUUUGGCCCCAAGCCCAUGAGGAUCAAGGAGGACAUCUUAGCCUGCUCAGCAGCUGAGCUCAACUACGGCCUGGCCCAGUUUGUGAAGGAGAUAACACGGCCCAACGGGGAGCGCUAUGAACCUGACAGCAUCUAUUACCUCUGCCUUGGCAUCCAGCAGUACCUGCUCGAGAACAAUCGUAUGGUGAAUAUAUUUACAGACCUUUACUACCUGACCUUCGUGCAGGAGCUGAACAAGUCCCUGAGUGGCUGGCAACCCACAGUCUUACCAAAUAACACUGUUUUCUCCCGUGUGGAGGAGGAGCACCUCUGGGAGUGCAAACAGCUGGGUGUUUACUCACCCUUCGUGCUGCUCAACACCCUCAUGUUCUUCAACACUAAGUUCUUUGGGCUGCAGACAGCAGAGGAGCACAUGCAGCUCUCCUUCACCAACGUGGUGCGCCAGUCCCGCAAGUGCACCACUGCCCGUGGCGUGACGAAGGUGGUGAGCAUCCGCUACUACGCUCCUGCCAAGCAGAAGAAAAGCCGAGAUGGUGGCUCUGGAAAGCGGAAGCGUGAGGAGGAGGUACCGAUGUUGGAGCAGCGGGAGAACAGGAUGAACCCCCUCCGAUGCCCAGUCAAGUUCUAUGAGUUCUAUCUCUCCAAGUGCCCCGAGAGUCUGCGGAACCGCAACGAUGUGUUCUACCUGCAGCCCGAGCGGUCGUGCAUCGCCGAGUCCCCGCUGUGGUACUCGGUGAUCCCCAUGGACCGGAGCAUGAUGGAGAGCAUGCUGAACCGCAUCCUGGCCGUCAGGGAGAUCUAUGAGGAGCACAGUCGGCUCAGCAGCCUGGAGGAUGACAUGGACUAAGAGCGAGGUGCUGCUGGGCUGGCCGCGCUCCAGCCCUGGACACCCCAUCUUCCUGCCUCCCGCUGCAGGGCAGGGGCCGUGCAGCACGGGAGGGGAUGGUGCUGCAGCAGUGCUGUCCCUUCAUCAUUACCAGACUUGGACAUCCCAUCCUGCUCGUUACAGGCCUCCCUUACAUACGUGGCCCCCAUGCUCAGCUCUGCCGCCUCCUUUUGGCUGCUGGGUGAGCCAUCUUUCCCAGGGCCACUUCCCAUGGCACAGGGGUGGCAGAGUCCCUGGGGCACCUCCCCUCACCCUUGUCCCCUCCUACCCCCAGCCCUGCCACUCCCCCCUUCCCCUGCCCCAGGGCAGGAGUCGCACAAGUCGGCAGUGCACCAUCAGACCAGUGGCCCCCAAAGCUUUUACUUCCCUCUUCCUUCAUCAUUCCCUCAUGAGGCUGCAGGUGGUAUGGCAGGAACAGUAGCUCUGCUGCUGGGCUAGGAUUGUGGUUUCAAGCCAGUGGGGAUGGAUCACAGGCUACCUGAGAGCUGUUGGGUCAGGGACAGGGUUUUUUCCCAGAUGUGGGAGAGGUUUGGGUUGGCUUCAGAGAGUGGAGGAAGCUGGCACUGGAACAUGAGGGCAGAGAUCUGGCCUUGCCACAGGACACCUCCCUCAUGUGCAGCUGGGAUGUCUCUCUCAAUUUGGUCAGUUUUUACUGAGAUGUCUGAAAACUGAUGGAGAUGGGUCUGGGCCAGUGCCACCCCUCUUUCCCCACUGUCCCCUGUCCUGAUGUAAGCCCCCUCUCCCCUGCAAGGUGCCAUCAGUGGGAACCUCUGCUCCAGCCAGGGGCUUGGGCAGCUGCUGGUAGAAACAGGGAGCCCUGCCUGGUGUCCCCCUCCCUUCCAAAGCAGCAGGCUGCCACCGCCCUGCCCAGGGCGAGUCUGGCUCCAGCUGUGCCACUCCCUGCUGCCUCCUGCCCCUCCUCGUGUUCUGGUCAGUCUUCUUGAGCUGUACAUGGGUCUCCUGUUGAGCCUGUAUAUAUUGUUCUGGGCCCUGGCCCAGGGCCAUCUGUUCUCUGUGUCCAUGUGGAGAGUGAGCCGCUCACCAGUCUUGUUGUAGUGAUGCCAGGGCGGUAGGAACUAACCCUGUGUCUCUGGAAACCAUUCAUUUCAAAUAAAGAUGUGGAAAACUU